AUGCCGACGCCGACCGUUGAAGAAUUGCUUAGUAUAAUCAACGAGAAGGAUAAGCGCAUGGAACGCCUGGAAACAGAGCUUCAGGCUUCGAAGGAGACUUCUGCUCGACAACUGCAGGAGGUGCAACAGAGCGCAGCGGAUGAGAAGGCGAGCCUCUACCAACAGCUGCAAGUUGCGUUAAAAGACGUCAACCAGCUUCGAGAAGAUCUUAGUCGAAUCCAAAAGAGUUGCGUGGAGGAAAUGAGGAACCUUAGGAAACAGUUCGAGUCCAGACAGCAGGAUUCAACUCGCAAGCUUCGGGACUUAGAAACACAGCGGUCGAUUUCAGCCGGACAUGGGGACGAACUCUGCCGGGAUAUGACUCCGACACGUUCAUAUACAAGGAAAUCUUCACAUCAGACGCAUUGUUCAAAUGGGCAGGCGUCAAGCCUGAACGUUCUGGACGCUAGAGGGGAGUUCCCUCUUUAUAGUGCUGCUGCUGGUGGGUACUACGACGAUGUGAAGCGAAUGUUAGAACAGGGAGCAAACCCGUCCAUGAGAACUCUAUUUCAUUGGACGGCGCUUCAUUGGGCUGUCGGCAAUGGUCAUGCGAAGAUUGUUCAGCUAUUGCUUGAUUAUGGCGCCGACAUCAAUGCAAUCUCGGACACAGGUAGUACUCCUUUGGAUAUGGCACGAAACGAUAUGAUGAAGGGUAUGCUUCGUCAACGGGGAGCCAGAUGA